GCACCGCUUCUCUCCAGCCUCUCCUCUCCCAGUGCUGCGGCGCUGGUCAUGUGAACGGGGCCAGCUGGAGCGGGGCGGCAAUGUCACGUCCUGCCGGGGGCCAGUGACGGUGUCUGUUGAUGUUGGGCCCAGCUGCGUGUUCAUAAGUCCAGGUUCCUGGUUUGCUGUGGCUGCAGCCGCGGGAGCAACAACCCCGGCUGCCGUUAUCUGUGGCCGGGAGGAGAGGGUGUGGGUUCGCUCUCCACGCGGGACGCAGCCUUCUCUGCCGCCGGACAGCUCCAUGGUCAGCAGCAGUGAGCGACCUGGCUGAGCACAGGCGCCCAUCACCUCCUGUCUGCAGGGGCCAAGCAUGAGAGAGGAUGAGCCAGAGACACAGCCUGGUGCAUCUCUUUGCUGGAGGAUGUGGGGGUACUGUUGGUGCAAUUCUGACAUGUCCACUAGAAGUUGUGAAAACACGGCUGCAGUCCUCCUCUGUUACUCUCUACAUCUCUGAAGUUCAUCUCAGCACUGUGAAUGGUGCUAGUGUCAAUCGAGUAACUAGAGUAUCUCCUGGACCUCUCCAUUGUUUGAAGAUGAUCUUGCAAAAGGAAGGUCCUCGUUCUCUGUUUAGAGGGCUAGGUCCUAAUUUGGUAGGCGUUGCUCCUUCCAGAGCAAUAUACUUUGCUGCUUACUCAAAUUGCAAGGAAAAGUUGAACAGUAUUUUUGAGCCAGACUCUACCCAGGUACACAUGAUUUCAGCUGGAGUGGCAGGUUUUACUGCAAUCACAGCGACCAAUCCUAUUUGGCUAAUAAAGACGCGAUUACAGCUCGAUGCAAGGAAUCGUGGAGAAAAGCGAAUGAGUGCGUUCGAAUGUGUCCGAAAAGUCUAUCAUUCAGAUGGAAUUAAAGGCUUUUACAGAGGAAUGUCGGCCUCCUACGCAGGCAUAUCUGAAACUGUUAUUCAUUUUGUUAUUUACGAGAGUAUUAAGCGAAAACUACUGGAAUUUAAGACUGCUUCUAGCAUGGACAGUGAGGAUGAAUCUGUAAAAGAAGCUUCAGACUUUGUUGGAAUGAUGAUGGCUGCUGCCACUUCCAAAACCUGUGCCACAUCUAUAGCAUAUCCACAUGAGGUGGUACGAACAAGACUACGUGAAGAGGGAACAAAAUACAGAGCUUUCUUCCAGACACUAUCUUUGCUUGUGCGAGAAGAAGGGUAUGGAUCCCUCUACCGUGGUCUAACUACACAUCUGGUCAGACAGAUUCCAAACACAGCUAUAAUGAUGUCAACCUAUGAAGUGGUAGUCUACUUACUGAAUGGAUAGCAAAGUUACAAGGCUAUCUCUAGGAAGAUGGAAGACCAAAAGAUUGCAGUGGACCACCAAAUAUCAAUGCUAACGUGGUGGGCAGAAGAAAAUUAUCUAUCAGGAACAGGCAGCUAUGGACGAAAUAGAAGAUUGAUUAUAGGCAACCAUGAGCAAUUUGCUGCCUUAUUGUAUGAUUCUUUUGUGACCAUGUGACAAAGGAGCUGCCCCCAGGGGAAUGCCUUUAAACACAUCUUACUUCAAAAUUGCUAUUUUCUCUCCAGGUGUUAAUUUACAUGAUGCAAAACCAUGAGCUUCAGUGAUUUAGAAGGAGGGGGUUAUAUAUUGUAUUCUAUUGCAAGGGAUAGCCUUGUUCCGCUCAUAAUGUUUGGUCUUCAAUACAUUUUGUUUCAAUGUACAAUAUCCUAUUAGGGUGAGGACGAUGAAAGCAUAGAUUCAUAACUUUGUAUGUCUGAAACUUCUAUUCAACUCCAUCUGAAGUCUCAAAUGAUGAGACCGAGGUAGUAGUUGCAGCAUGCAACUCCCGUGUUACUAUCUCAAGGAAUGUGGCACAGGGACCUAAAAUAGAAUGUACUUCAAUCUCACCUUUUGUAGCGACAGAACAGUUCAAAGUUGUGUGAGAAGCUCUCAUUGGUUAACUCUGCAGGAUACCGGUCUCUUAGCAGGACUGGAAAUCCAAGCAUGCCAAUACUGAGUCCUCUUGCUUUCAUUAUCAUAGAUCUCUGCUCCCUUUUUAGAAUCUAAGGAAGACCAUAAGAUGUACUGUUACAACAGAUCAUGGAGUCUCCUCACCUGAUCUGUAAUGUGACCCACACUACUAACACUGGAAUUGCAGAACAGUCUUUAAGGAGUCUUAAUGAAGUGUUAAAUUCUAACAAGUGAACCUGCUUUACAUGAUGCAGGAUAUAUAAUGUUCAAUCAAACACAGCUUUAUGCAAGCUAGUGACUAGAGUACCAAGACUUCUCCUGGAUUAAAGGAGGAGGGCACAUACUUCACCAUGUGUAAAGCUAUAGGAAAGCACAUAGAUAAAUUCCUGUGUAGUAACAAGUUGGGAGUUGCUGUAGAUCAUUUUCAGUGAAACCCCAGCCACUUGCAGAGUGAUGGAGAAGAUGGUAAUUGAGAAUAUUUUGUUUAAACAUUCCCCUUAAAAGUUGCUUAUCCCUUGUUUUUCAACCUAAAGCUGGGUGCAAAACUGCAGAUAACCGUACAACUCUGUCCUUUCAGUUAUCUGAAUAUUCAGGCAUUGGUUUUAAUUGAUAUUUUGUAAUACUAGUAACAGAAUAAUGCAUUAUGUUUGACAGCAUAUCUUAGCUAGUUCGGUUACUUGUUCUGCCAUAACUUACCAAGUUUUCCAGAUCCAGAGUAUGAGAAAUAAGUUUCAAACUCACACGUAGACCUUGAAUACUACCAGGAUUAAAUCUGCUGCCCUUCGGAGGAGAUGUUCACAGUGAUUUUUGCGGCAGUAGCUUUCUAUCUAUAAAUGCCACUACACUGGUAUAACAAAGCAGUGCAAUUAACUCCUCUGGUGUGGUACUUCAGUAAACAUUAAACUGUGUGUUUGUGUGCAAUGGCUUUAUCUUACAAAUGACUCCUUAUGCACUUUGUGGCCUUUUUUGGCUUGUGAUUUUUCUCCCGUUUAAGAUUUUCGAUAUUGGUCAUGUGCAGUUAGAAACAGUGUUCAGUGCACACAGAUUCUUUUGAAGCUAAGUGUAUGGUUUGAUUUCCAAACACCUGUGCAGAAAAAGACAUUGUUUGCAGUAGAUCGCUAGGAUCGAUGUUCAGAUUUUUUUGGAGACUUUUAUACAUAAAAGUUUGAUGCAUACUGAACAACCAGUUUGUCUUGUUUUAUUUUCCUUUGAGCAUUGUAGUGUCCAUCAUACUACGGCAGAAAUCUUUUAAUAUAGACUUGCAAGCCUUGGUGUUAGUAAUACUCCAUAAUAACUGCCUCUCCUUUUAAGGGCCACCGUAGAGCACAAAGCACCACUGCUAUGCCCAUUCAGUAGGGGCUUGGCUGCAUUGAUGUGCUUUCCGUAGAAACUGAGUAUUCUUACCUGUUUUUUAAUACUAGAAGUAUUCUCAGUAUAGCCUGUGUUGCGCACAUUUAGACUAACCUUGGCAAUCUUUGUAUUCUUAUUAGUACAAGGAGAUUAUUUUAAAAAAAACCUCAGUUCAGAGGUUUUCCCAGUGACCUCGCUGGGAAAUCUGCUAAUGCUGUAUUACUCACAACUAGCCUUCCUGCUUCAAAACAUUAGUGGCCAGACUUCUCAGAUCUUGCUGCUGGCACCAGCAUUUAACUAACAGCAAAAGUUUAAGCGCAGUAAUGUGAAAGCCAAAAGUGGUUAUAAAGUAAAAGUUAUGUUACAAUAGCUAAUUAUGGGGAAUGAGUUACAUUGAAAACAUAUUUCUCUUCAGGAGAUAUCCAGGCAAUUCAGCUAUCGCUGAAUUUUAGAUUUAGGAAGCACACAGGCCCAAAUUCAUCCCUGGAGUUAAUGGAUAUAAUUCCCAGUUUCGAUGGGAAUUGUACCUGCGUAUUCCUCACUUUGGCUCACUAGAUCCGGUCUGCUUUCAGUGCACAUGCAUCACUUCCGUUACCCUAUGAGGUUGUGCGUGCAUGCCUCUCAGGGAGAAGCACUGAAUCUUGCUUCCAAAGGCGAGAUAUCUCAGUAGAAAGUUCUGUCUUUUAUGCUUUACUCUCCUUGUCAUCGGCUGAAGAGAGACAAUCAACCUCUUGUUCCAAUUCUUCAUGGAGUUUUAAUCCUUCAAAGACAAAACCUUUUAAAUUUCUUCAGGGGUGAACUUUUUCUGUAACAAAGAAACAGUUAAACCAAAUUGUGUGUUUUGUUUGUUUAUAAAGCUACCACAGUAUACAAAGAUACCUCUGAAUUAUUUCCCAAAGAUAUUGAAAUUCUUUACAUAGUUUUCUUGGUAUCUAUUUUGAAAGCAUACAGAGGCAAACAGAAGAUGCAUCAUUCAAUAAUACCAUUUAUUACAAAGUUGAAAGAGGAGUGUACUUUGAUGUUUUGGGUCAUCAUCUCUUACUUGAUUCUUUUAAUGUAGUUUACAUUAAGUUAUACCACCAUGAUUUCUAUCUAACAGAGUUUAAAUCUAAGUUUUAUGGAAAGGAUAACAUUUGAGAAUGACUUUACAUAUCCAUCUAAUUUAUAUAUAAACCAACAUCUUAUUUAAAUAUGAUAUAUUUUAUUUGACUUUACUCAACAGCUGGUUAGAAGUCAAGGAACGUUGUAUAAUACCGCAGAUGUCCACUUUAGCCAGAAGGUGGCACUAUAGUGUGAUAUGCUCACAGCAGAAGUGGAUCCAUGUUCCACUUAAACUUGUAUCUGGUCUUAAACAAUUCUCAGUCUUUCUACAGUAUACUAUAUAACAAGAAUAUAAAAUAAUGGCUUAUCACUGUACGUUUUUGUGGCUGGAACUUGGAAAGCCAUGACAGAAAGUCUUCAAUGGAUAGGUCUGUAUUUUAUAUCCCUCUCCAUCAAUAUCCUGGAUUUAGAAAUCCUAAUGUGCAAUGUGAAAUGUUACAAAGCAAGGUGAGUUUUGGUGUACCAACUGGAAAGUUCUUCCUAACCUUAAACUGACUGCAAGAUCUGUUGUUUAUUUUUCCCUAAUCUUUGAUUUGUUAGCAUACAUUGUUCUUUGUAGGAUCACACUAGUGAUUUAUGAUGGGUUUUUAUUUUUCUUUAUAACGAAUGACUGAAACAUCAGCCUAUCCAUAGGUCUCUUGACAUUGUACCUAUAUAGUUCUCCAAUUACAUGAGACACUCCACAUAUUUACUCUUUAUUCAAAGACAUUCAAGAAUGACAGUUUGUGCUUUAUUGCUAUUUUUAUUUUUGCCUCCUGAUAGUCACAUUUGAAACAUUCCUUAGAUUGUAGCAUUUAAAAAAAAUUACUUGCAGAGAAUUCAGAUUGGAGACACUUUAAAAAAUAUUGCUUCCUAAGUGUUUUUUAUUCUAGAAAAAAGCAAAAUACUGAAGUGUGCUAGUAAAAUUUCCAUUUUUUGUAAUACAGUUCUCACUCUGUAAAAACUGAAGUCAUGUUUUCAAUUGCUCUCUUUAAGAGAGUCUGCAAACCCUGCAUAUGUGAACAUAAUUAUGCCGUAGGAGUUGUAGCUAAACACUCACAAAUGACCAUCUGAGAAUCUUUUAACGUUCAUGUGAGGUUUGCUAUUAUUCUUGCAUACAUGUAGUUGGCUGUAAACUAUGUGCGUUUACUCUGUAUUUAUAUUAUAUGGCUAACUUUUUUUGUUUGGACUAUUUUAAACUUAAAAAAUAAAAUGAUGUGCUUAUAUUCAAA